UCUCUCUCUCUCUCUAUAAGAACGGAGCAGCCCAUGCAGUGGCCUUCCAUGGAACCAAGGGCAUCCGAGACGCUUGGGGUUUCCAGGUUUCCAUCCACUCGACCAUCCAAAACAUGAGGAAGCCAGGACCACCUUUCUUCUUAUUCUUGUGUGCUUGCCUUGCCCUCUUCAUCUCUCAAACAAGUCCCUCCGCAUCUGAAGCAAUUCAUGAAGUGAAGGAUUUAAAUGAAAAUUGGGCAGAGCGUAAAGAUGGAAAAGAGCAAUCACCAAUAGAUGUCAACUCUGACAACAUUCAGGUUAAUCAAAGUAUAGGGAGCUUGAUAACAAGCUAUGACAUCUCUCAUGCAAUUAUGCAGAAAAACAGCCAUGUUAUAAUGGUCAAUUGGACAGAAGGUGCAGGUUCUCUUUUGAUCGACGGCAAGGCCUAUGUUCUCGGGCAAUGUCAAUGGCACUUACCUUCCGAGCACAAACUUCUUGGAGAAAGAUACCCGCUGGAAUUACAUAUGGUCCACAGAAGUUCAGAUGGAGACAUAGCAGUUAUCAGUAUUAUGUACCAGUUUGGCCCACCAGAUCCUUUCCUCUUUAAGCUGAUGAAGUUUGUAGCAAUACUGGUGACAAAUGAUGUGGUGCCUGCGGGACUUGUACCACCACCAGUGAUAGAGAUUGGAGCCCCUUAUUAUAGAUACAUGGGCUCUCUAACCACUCCACCUUGCACUGAAGGUGUCAUAUGGAGCCUAAUUCAGGAGGCGAGAUUUGUCUCGAAAGGGCAAGUGCGCAAGCUAAGGAGCGCUUUACACAGGGAAAAUAAUGCGAGGCCGAUCCAACCGAUCAAUGGGCGCGCAAUUUUUCUCUAUAAGCCAUGGGCUCAGGAAGAACAUAUGAAAUAUUUAGAUAGGGAAAACUUAUGCCGCAAAUCUAGUUUCUUGAAGUGGCUGCUCUGCCACAGUAAUCACAAAUAAUUUAUGCAGCUUUAUGAUUGAGGUUACAUGCUUGAAGAAACUAGUUGCAGUUUGUGGUUUGCUUCAGUAUUUGCAUUUAUAAUGCCCUUCAGUGCAUUUCAAGGAUCGUGUGCUUGCAUGCAUGUAUAUGUGUUGUAACCUUUUUUUUUUUUUUGCUUUCUUUUGAAAAAAUAUAUGUUGUAACUAUGGGUAUUGCAAACUCUUAAUGUCUGCGAGAGCCUCAUUGUGCAAGGUAAGUUGUAUAUACUCUGCUGUUG